AUGUGGAAAUUAAUUUUACAUCAUCAAAAUUUUACACAUAGAACACUUCUUUCAAAUCACGUUUCGAAUAAACCAGUUUUUUGGAAACAGUAUCUAAUCAAUAAACAAAUACCCAUCAAAUUACAACAUACUGUACCGAAAGAUCCAAAUAAAGUAAAUAGUAUUUUUAAAUUAUCUGCCCUAUGUAAGAUAAGUUUGGGCGUAACUGGGAGUAUUAUACAUGCGACUGGUAUUAAAUUUGCAUACUGUAAACCAAAAGCCACACGAAUAAUUGAUUAUAAACCAGAUAAUAACAAAGUAUCGAAAUUUGAUUGGAAUAAGUUAUGGAGCUAUUUAAAACCGGAGCUAUUAUGGUUUAUAGCUGCAGUUGCUAGUGCUCUAGUAGUUGCAAUUGUAAAUAUUCAAAUUCCACAAGUGAUGGCUGAAGUAAUAAAUGUUAUCGUUAAAAGUACUGGUGAUAAAACUGAAUCUAGCUCAUUUUUAAAUAAUAUUAAACCAGCUGCAAUUAAUCUUGUAUUCAUGUACCUGGCCCAGUCUGCUUUUACUUUUGUAUACAUUGUUUUACUGUCGAAAAUUGGAGAAUCGAUGGCAUUUAGAAUGAAAUCUGAUUUAUUUAAAUCAAUUUUGAAACAAGAUAUUGCAUUUUUUGAUACACAUCGAACUGGAGAAGUUGUUAACAGAUUAACCGUCGAUGUACAAGAAUUUAAGAGCUCGUUUAAACAAACAAUUUCAAAUGGUUUACGAGCAAUGACUCAAAUUAUCGGUAGUGGCGUUGCUUUAUUCACAAUUUCUCCCUAUAUGACGUCAUUAACAUUAUUUACAAUACCUACGAUAAUUUUACUUGGAAGUGGAUUUGGAGCUUUAUUACGAAAAAAAUCACGAGAAGCUCAAGCUCAGUCAGAGAAAACAACUUCCAUUGCUGAAGAAGCUAUUUCGAAUAUUCGAACAGUACGUGGUUUUGCAAUGGAAGAUCUAGAAGUACAAAUGUUUGAUUCGGAAUUGAGCUUAGUUCAACAUUUGAAUAUAAAUCUGGGUGUUGGAAUUGGUUUAUUUCAAGCGGGUACAAAUUUAUUUUUAAAUGGAAUGAUUUUGAGUACAAUCUCAGUGGGUGGUUAUUUAUUAUCAACAAAUCAAUUGAGUGCUGGCCAAUUAAUGGCAUUUUUAAUGGCUACACAAACUAUUCAACGAUCGUUAACUCAAAUCUCAUUAUUGUUUGGAUCAGUGAUUCGAGGACUUGCGGCAGGAUCACGAGUUUUUGAAUACAUUAAUUUGCAACCUACGAUGGCUUUAAAAGGUGGUUUGAUUUUAUCCGAUAAUGUGAAAGGAUUUAUCGAAUUUAAAAAUGUUACGUUUACAUAUCCUGCUAGACCUGAUAAUAUUGUUUUAGAUUCGUUUAAUUUAACGGUGGAACCAGGUAAAACUGUUGCGUUAGUUGGUGCGUCUGGAAAUGGAAAAUCAACAGUUGUAGCUUUAUUAGAACGAUUCUAUGAUGCUGAUCGUGGAUCUAUAUCGAUUGAUGGGUAUAAUAUUCGUUCAUUAGAUCCAACAUGGCUUCGACAAAAAGUUAUUGGUAUUGUAAAUCAAGAACCAAUUCUAUUCGGCUGUACAAUACGUGAGAAUAUUCGAUAUGGUAAAAUGGAUGCGUCUGAUGAAGAAAUUGAAGCAGCAGCAAAAUUAGCAAAUGCGCAUGAUUUUAUAGAAGGUUUUUCUAACGGGUAUGAUACAAUGGUAGGUGAAAGAGGUUCCACAUUGUCGGGUGGUCAAAAACAACGAAUUGCAAUUGCACGUGCUUUAUUGAAAAAUCCAUCGAUUUUGAUCCUUGAUGAAGCCACUAGUGCAUUGGAUAGUGAAAGUGAGAAACUUGUACAAAAGGCAUUAGAAAAUGCAAGUAUAGGUCGUACAUGUUUUGUUAUCGCUCAUCGAUUAUCGACUAUACAAAAUGCUGAUGUUAUUAUUGUUCUGCAAAAGGGACAAGUGGUUGAGAUGGGAACGCAUAAUGAACUACUCGGAAAACGUGGUAUUUACUGGUCAUUAGUUUUACAGCAACAAUUAUCACAAGAAAAACAUAUACAUCAUGGCGAAUAGAUCCGUUCAAAUUGUAAAUUAUUUUAAUAGAGCAUAAAAAUUAGCAACGUGAUGAUAUAUACGAUUUUAAUUUGAAAAAUCCCCUUGCAUUUCCUUUUUUUAGAGGUUUUUUCAAAGAAGCCAGCAGAAAUAAAAGAAAUAGAGAGAGUCGCGGUGGCUAACUUAUAGGAUGGAUACAUGAAUUCUUUCUAUUUGAGGUCAUAUAAUUUUCUUCUAUUAAAUUCGCGACAUCACGCUGCUAUUUCAACAUAUUGAUGAUUGACAUCGGCGAUAUUGAAUCUCGCUAUAACUAAUCUUACCAAUCGUUUUGUUUUUUUUUUUUACUUAAUUAAAUUGUCUAGUAGAAUUUUUAUCUAAAAUCGCAAAUAUAAAAGUUAUUAGUAAAAGUUUCGCCACAAAAAGUUUCUGCCAUCAAUAUGUGAAAACUUAUGCAUUAAAAGACAAUUUUAGAAAAAUUUUUAAUAAUCAUUGAUU